CGCGGAUGCGGAAGUGUUACAUAGGCGGAUGCGGUGGAUUGAGAAUUAUCCAAUGCAAAAAAAAAACACAUAUCUCUAGUUUAAACUGGCUGAUUUUUAUGGGGUUUGUUUUAUUAUGCUAAUUCCAUUUCCGCCGGGUUGAUCUUCUGAAAUCUUAUCAAAAGAAAAUAAUAAACAUCGUCUGAAGGUAUCGAUCUAUUUUCUGCACUAAUUUAGUGUUUUUCCUUGUCAGCAUCGAUGGUUUAACCGCGCAUUGAACAACACUAACGGAGCAAACAGUUCAUUCCGCUGGUGCGUCAUCUUCCUAGAAAAGCGGCGACUGGCGCCAUUGUGUGGAUUUACGGGACAUUUCACGAAACGAGUUGUUAACUCUAACUUCUUAGGAAUUGAAUAAAUCAACAAAGUUCGAUGACAAUACGACGUGUCCAAUCUAUUGUUGAACAGACCCGUUUUGAAAGCUUUUUUUUAUUUCAUACCUUUAUGGUUUCUGGACAACUGGUCAAUUGAGUAGCAUAGAUUACACCACUUUCUAUACCUAUUGCUCAACUUUGAUAAGAUAAGUGCUGCAGAUAUCAACUUGAAGGUCUAUCACUUAUUCAAGAUGAAUAGUUCAACAAAUAAACCCUUCUAGAGCGACAGCCCAUCUCAGAGGAGUGAACAGAUACAUAUUUUUAGAAUUCAUCCAUUCCUUUCCUGGACCAAGUUCCUGUGGGCAGGCCAAUAAAAUGCAUUGGAAAAUUCUCCCAUCUCAUUCCGACUGGGGUGCUGGUUAAAGAACACGUCUACGGAGUACUGUCAAGUCAACGAAAGAAAAUAACCGAACUUCACAACUGAUAGGUGACAGAGGAUGUCCAGAGCUGACUGGUCCUUCCUGGAGCAGCUGUUGGAGGAGGGGCAGGAGUAUAGCACCGGGGUGGGCCGCGUCUGGCUCACUGUCCUCUUCCUGUUCCGCAUGCUGGUCCUGGGCACCGCCGCAGAGUCAGCCUGGGACGACGAACAGAACAGCUUCGUCUGUAAUACCAAGCAACCUGGAUGUACCGCUGUGUGUUACGACAAAGCUUUCCCCAUAUCACAUUACCGCUAUUUUGUCCUUCAGGUGAUUUUUGUUUCCACGCCGACUAUUUUCUAUUUUGGGUAUGUGGCCAUGAGGGCUGCGAAGGAGAAGAACGAGGAGGAGGAAGAGGAGGAGAAGAAGAGGUCGGAGGAGAGUGGUUGUGAGGGACAAGAGAGGGGAGGGGUAAAGAAGAAUGGAGAGAAGAAGAGGGAGGUGAGAAUGCGGGAUGAGAUAGAAGAACUAGUGGAGGAGAAAGGAGGGAGAAAGGUGGUGAAAGCUCUCCCAGAAGCUCCUAAGCUGAAGGGCCGUCUCCUCUGUGCCUACGCCGCCAGCAUCCUCCUCAAGGUCCUCCUGGAGGUCGGCUUCAUUGUCGGACUAUGGUACCUCUAUGGCUUCGUGAUCCCGGCCCGGUUCGAGUGUGUCCGCGACCCCUGUCCUCACACGGUGGACUGCUUCAUCUCCAGACCCACGGAGAAGACCAUCUUCACCAUCUACACCCAGACCAUCGCUGGAGUCUCUCUCCUUCUCAACCUGGUAGAGCUUCUCCACCUCCUCCAGCUGGCCAUCACCCAUCACCUGGAGAAGCGCUAUGCCCAGGAGCAGUACACCUUUCCUGGCAUAGCUGUGGUCUGAGUCCGGCUUGGUGCUCCAAGCCUGGAGAUGGAGAUGCAGCAAGCUUCGCCUUGCCAGGAGAAGGACCAUCUGCAUUUACCCAUGAGGGAGGCCAGCUACGCCAAGCCCAGAGAGAGUUAUCUGGACCUGGGGGAGGCCAGCUACACCAAGCCCAGAGAGAGUUAUCUGGACCUGGGGGAGGCCAGCUACACCAAGCCCAGAGAGAGUUAUCUGGACCUGGGGGAGGCCAGCUACACCAAGCCCAGAGAGAGUUAUCUGGA